AUACAUGCUGGCGUGCUUUGGUACGAGCAUAUCGAUAUGCUGUACCAAAGGGAGUUCCGAUUGCUGGCGCGCUAUACCUAGCAGAAAGUCUCGCGAAGAGCAGACGGUCCGGCGCCUGGUGCUGCGGUUUGUCUCCAAAGGGCCUUGGAGUCUUCUUUUUAGUCACAUAGCAUGUACUGCCCUGUGUAGAGCGCAGGGCUGAUUCAACGCCCAAUUUCAGCCGCGUGGCACUUUAUCAUCCGCGGUUUCUGGCCACAGAAUAGUCGAGGCUACAAUAGGCGCCUUGCACUACAGUGAAUUGCAGCAGAAAUAUCUUCUGUUACUCCAUAACCCAACCCGGAUCAGUCUGCCGCGAGGGUUGGGGAACCGGCUUUUCUUGCAAGUCUGAUCGGGUGCAAACAAAAAAUUUUCAGCAUCUUUCUAACGCUCUUGUAAAAAAAAAAUCAUGUCGCUUCCCAAGGCCGAGGAGACCGCCAACAUGGUGGAGAUGGAGAUGCAGUGGGCUGUCAAGGCCAUGCACCACGCCGAGACCUACAUGAAGCUGCUGCAGGCGGUCGGCGGCAAGAACCUCAAGCUCACGCCCAUCGACGACGAGCUCUACGAGGAUCUCAAGGCGCAUUUCCCCGACCUCAAGCUAGACGUGCUGGAUGAGGCGCAGUUCAAGACCGAGAAGGCCAAGGCUGCAUGGCGCGACUUUAUCAACAAGUACGAGAAGAGGGUCAAGGAUUUCAACUUUGGCUCGCUGGUGCGCAUUGACUGCAAGGGAGACUACACCGAGGAGAACUCGAUGUUUGUCACACGGACCCAGUUUUACUGUGUCGAGGUUGCCCGGAACAAGGAAGGCCUGAACGAUAGCGUCAAGCAGUAGAUAGUUUCUAGAGAUCAGCACAAAAAUUCCCCGUUGAAACCCGCUCUGGCGGGCUUGCAUGAGCCAGUGGAUCUCAGGAACUCGCAGCCAAUUGCUUUGGCAGGUCACGGGUCUGUGCAUAAAAUGGGCGGAGCCAGACUCGUGCGAAGCAAGAAGCCCGCUGUUUCUGCUCUUUUUCUCUGCUUGCUAUUUCUUAUCGCUUUUUUUCUACAACCAUGUCGUCGCAUACACACCAGUCUAUGACCUGCUGUAGCCACCAGCUGCCCGAGGGAUACGUGCCGGACCACCACAAAGAAGCGAGCGAAGAAUUCGACCAUUUCCUGAUAUCGUCUGAGCCCCUGAGCCUCGACACUGCCUGCAACCUGGUCCGCGACGACGCAGCUGGUGCCAUAUCAACAUUCGAGGGAACAACCCG